CACACACACGCACACACACCCACACACACUGUGCAUAAGAGCGCUCAGCUGUCAGCAUCUUCAUCAGAUAACAUCCGCCAGUCCGCAGUGCGGAACGCUACUACGCCCAUCGCCAGUGACUUUCAUCGGUGGAGAUUACUCCCGUGCGUCUUGUUAUUGCCUUUCCCUCUCAAAACGUUUAGUCUCUUCUUUCUCGGCUCGCUGCUCGCGGCGGGAUUUAGAGAGAGGACUGCUCCACCGUGAUUACCGCUAUCGUGUUUGUCGUGGGUAUUAACUCGAACGCAUCUCUCUCCGCUUUCUUCGGCGGCAUGCGUGACGGCCCAGCGUGAAAAGAUGCGUCGUCAAACGAGCGCGUGCGCCUGAGAUCGCCACGUAUACGUGCUGACGACAAGCGACAAGCGCUCGAUCGUGUGUGUGUGUGUUCGCACGAGCGUGAAACAUUGCGGUGACGGUGGUUCGCAUACGAUCAGCCCCCGGCGACGUCUCUCUCAUGGCGGCCACGCCUCCGUCGCCGUUCGCAGACGAUUCCAGGAACGAAAUCGCCAGAUAUAAGAUACGCUGUGAGAGCGUGAGAUACUAUGUAAGAGCGUGAGAUACGCGGUGAGAGCGUGAGAUACGCGGUGAGAGCGUGAGAUACGCGGUGAGAGCGUGAGAUACGCGGUGAUAUUGUAAACUUACUGCUGACAUCUUAGGAUAGACGGUGAGUUAGUGAGAUAAACGGUGACAUCGUAGGAUACUGGAUAAAAUCGUAGGGUACGCGGUGUCAUCGUGGGAUACACGCUGAGACAUACAUGGUAACAACAUGCACGAUGCGCCAUGGCGCGAUACAUGGUAAGACCGUGUGACACGAGUCCAUGCAUGCCACGGCGACAGCGAGGAGACGCACGCAAGUUUCCUCGAAAGUUUUCGAAAAAAUCGAAAGAAAAAACAUCGUCGUCAUUUCGUCAGCUGAUGACGUAACAUUACCUAGCGUGACGUAACGUGACGUGACGUAAUAAUGGCCGAGCUGUUCAUCUAUCUAUUCCCGCCCGGCUGGUGGACGUUCUUCUUCGUCGCCUUCAUCGCGCAGUUCGUGAUGAUCUUUGUCGGCAACCUGGCCGUCAUAACGACGUUCAUCUGGGAACGGGAACUGCUGACUCCCGUCAACAUGUACAUACUGUCGCUGUCGUGUGCUGACAUACUCAUGUCGGCCUGCGCCGCCGUCUACGCGCGCAUACUGCAGUUCUCGCGAGAGCAGCUGGCCGACGACCCGCGCGCCUGCAGCUGGCUGGAGAUCUGGUUCGUCGCCGGCUUCAACUUCCUCAGCGGCGUGUUUACGAUGGUCGCCGUCGCCGUCGACCGCCACCGCGCCAUCGUGCGGCCGACGGAGGCAAAAUUCAGCCGACGUCACACGCUCGCCGCCAUCGCCGCCAUCUGGCUCGUCGCCUCACUGUUUCUCGUCUUUCCGUACGUCAUCAGCGCGAUCUACGGCGACCGACCGCGCGCGUCGGCAAACGACACCCUCGUCGACGACGACAACGUAACGGAAGUGACGACCACCGGGAGCGCAGCCGACGUCAACGCGACGUCGUUCAACUCGCCCUACAUCUACUACUGCUCGGCGGAGAAGCAGAGCGGCAGUUCGUUCGUCUUCUCCGUCGUCGUCGUCGCCAGCUUCUACCUGCUUCCGCUCGCCAUCAUCAGCGCCCUCUACGGACGCGUCAUCUACGAGCUGUACUCGUCGAACGCCGCCGGAGCGUCGAUGCUUCCGCCGGAGUCGCUUGCGAAGAAGCGCAAGGCGAUCAAGAUGAUGCUGGUCAUUGUUGUGUUGUUCGCUACAGCCUAUCUUCCCAUGUACGUAGUGCAGCUGGUAAGGACUGUGCGGUUCGGUACCAGCACGCCGCAGCAGGACCUGACUAUGGGCAUCUUACUGAACAUCGCCUACCUGCUCGUCAUGUGCAACACGUGGUUGAACGUCGUCGUCUAUUCGUUCUUCAACGCCGCCUUCCGCACCGCCUUCAAGCGCAUGGUGCGAAGCGUCUGCGGUCGCGCGCGAAAACGCGUGCGCCAUCUGUCGGGAAGUUCGCGAGUGUCGAUCGAGAAGCAGAUCUCGAAGACGCGCGCGACGCUGUCGUCUUCUCUCAGCUCGCUGCAGCGCGCCUUCUCGACGACGGUUACCAUGGAGACGACGGUGUCGUCCGCCGGAUCUCUCGCUUCACAGGUUUCUGUGAUGUCAGCGGUUUCUGCGACGGUGAGCGAGAAAUCCGCCGGCGAGGGUCCCGAGCGCAGCGCCACCGCGCGGAAGUCUGCGUAACGAUAUAUUCAACGUCUAGUGAUUCAUCAUGUUGUAAUUUGUCAGUAGGAUUUUAGUACAGUAGUAGUUGGCAGUACUGAGAAAUCGCGAACCUGUUCGGGUGUUGACUUACACAGGAAUAACACGCGAUAAUGCAUAAUGCAUACGAAAGAUGCUUUUAUGAGCAAGAAUGCAGGAAUGCAUUCACGUAAAUUAUGACACAUCUUUCCCCAUUUUUUGACGCGACCCUUCAAUGUAUAUGUUCGAAUUUGAACGCCAUGUGCUGCUCUCUGGUGGCAGCGGAAUCCUUAGACCUGAAUGAAUCACCUCAAGGAAAUUAUUACCCGACUUAUUAAUAUAUGAAUAUACGUGGAGAUUAUUGCUACAUAUA